AUGGUCCAGAUCAAAACCCUCUCCCCCGUUGACCAAUCUGUCGUGGUGGAACGCACAGAGGCAACUGAUGCCGAGAUAAACACCAUCUUUGCGAAUGCGACCAAGUCCUUUCCUCGCUACGCUAAACUCCCUCUCUCAGAGCGCAUACAGAUUGCGACACGAUUCUUGGACCUCGUCGCAGAUAAGAGCGAUGAGCUCUCCGAGGAAAUCACGCGGCAAAUGGGCCGGCCUAUCCGGUACUCGUCUAUUGAAAUCAAGACUGCCAUCAUGCGAGGCAAAUACAUGGUAGGUAUCGCCGAGGAACAACUGGCCGAUGUGCAGGCCGAUAACAGUGAUCCUAAGAUUCGCAAAUUCCUACGCAAGGUGCCGAAAGGCCCAGUCUUCGUCAUUGGCGCCUGGAACUAUCCCUGGCUCAUCACCAUCAAUGCCGUCCUGCCAGCGCUCAUUGCAGGCAACACCGUCGUGCUCAAGCCCUCGCCACAAACGCCGCUUGUUGCAGAACGCUUUGUCGAGCUAUACAGCGCAGCUGGCCUUCCUGAGCAUGUCUUGCAAUGUAUCCACGUCGGCUCACCAGAUAUUGUCAGCAAAAUUUGUCAACGUCCGGAGCUUAAGCACAUUUCAUUCACAGGCUCUGUGGCAGGCGGAAGGGCGGUGGAUCGCGCUAGUGCGCUUGCUGAACGCGAUGGCUUCAUCAGCGUUGGUCUGGAACUAGGUGGCAAAGACCCAGCGUACGUGCGCGCUGAUAUCGAUCCAAAAGUUGCCGCUGUUGAGCUCGUUGAUGGCGCCAUGUUCAAUUCUGGGCAGUCGUGCUGUGCUGUCGAGAGAAUCUAUGUUGAUGCAAGCAUUCAUGACGCCUUUGUCGAGGCAUUUGUGGCAGAAGCCAAAGCUCUGGUGCUUGGCGACCCGAACGAUCCAGCAACCACGCUGGGCCCAGUCGUUUCAUUACGCUCGGCAGAAGCCAUUCGCGCUCAAGUAAGCGAAGCCGUCAGUCAAGGGGCCAAGGCGCACAUCGACUCGAGCCAUUUCAAGGCAAGCAAAGAAGGAAGCUGCUUUGUGGCCCCGCAAGUUCUCACUAAUGUCAACCACUCUAUGAAAUGUAUGAUUGAGGAGACCUUUGGACCAACGGUUGCUAUUCAAAAAGUUUCAUCAGAUGAGGAAGCCAUUCGGCUCAUGAAUGACUCGCAGUUCGGACUCACUGCAAGCAUUUGGACGAGCGACAAGGAUGGUCAGGCCGAACCGCUUCUCCGGCAAGUCGAAGCAGGCACGGUCUUCAUGAAUCGUUGCGACUAUCCGGACCCUUCGCUUGCCUGGACAGGUUGCAAGCAAUCUGGCCGCGGUAUCACGCUAUCACAGUAA